CGGGAUGAUAUUUUACUGUUACUCACAAUCAUAUGUGAUAUUUGCAUAAUAACCGCAGCAUAAACACAUCUAUAGAUGUUUUACAAGUUUGAUUAAACCAAAUAUAUUACUAAAAUCUGCUCUCGUCAGCGUUUCGGGACUUAUACGUACGUAGUCUGUAUUAACUUUUGACGUCUAUGAGUAGGCUUACUCCAAUCGUACCUGCAUCUUUUAAUUUUGAUCUAAUGGGAUUAGAAAUAACCCUAAGGUGCCUUUUUAUGUACAAGUAAACGUUAAAAAAAUCAUACGUGUUUUAUACGUUUUAAAACGAUAUUGUCCCUAUGUUUAAUAAAUUUUUGGCAUGACCAGUAAGUACCCAGGCUAUUUGCUGAUAAGAAAGGAAUAUUAUUCUGCGUUGUUAUAUAACUAUGAUAAAACAACUGGUUAUGACAGUUUCAAUGUGUUAUUAUCAGCCCUUGUAUUAAGUGAACCUGCAAAACAUGAAUUUUAUUUUAGUUUGUAUACUUAUUGGCAUAUUUGCAGGCUCUGCAAGUGCAAUAAACUGUUCAUAUACAGAUAGUGUAUAUGCUUGGUGGAAUUAUAGAACAUGGAGCACAUGGGGUCCUUGGAGCUCAUGCGACCAUACUUGUAGCGCUGGGGAUAGAUUCAGAUCAAGAAGCUGUGUAUUUUAUAAUCAAAACAACCCAGACCCGAUCAACGGUGCUGUUGAAACAGAAAAAGGUGCAUGUAGCCAAUUUUGUUUAAACAAUGGAGUUUUUAGCAAUAGCAAAUGUUACUGUAUACCAGGUGUGCACGGAUAUUGCUGUGAAGUAAAAUCAACAUGCCGACAUGCCUGUGAGAAUAACGCCUAUAUAUUUCUUCACACCUAA